AUGUCUGACUGCCUACACCUUCAACUGUACAGAGAUAGCAAGGAUCGGUGCAAGAAUGGACCAACGAAAGCAUCUCUGUCUCUGGAAGGUUUCCUCGGUAUGGAGACUGGUUUCACACUGGACAAGGAAAGCAAUACUAUGGCACUCAUCUGCACGGAAGUCGUCGUGGUACUUGCCUUUGACUCGAGAGAGCUUCUCAUUCAGUGGCAGGUGAAGGUCAGGGCGAAUCUUGUUGAAGAACAUCAGUUCCUGGUGCAGAUAGCUCACGUUCCAGUAAAAAGCAAACUGGCAAGUGGGCCAGCUCGCCUGCAUCUAUUGGACUACAUGUUCUGCCUUACAGCAGGUGUUCCGCCCAAACUCUUGGGAAUUUGGCCACUUCGGGAGUUGCGAAGGUUUGGAGUUGUGGAUGGAAAGUUCUGCUUCGAAGGCGGAUCCAGAUGUGGCAAAGGUGAAGGUCUUCAUGUAUUGCUGACAAAUCAAGCAAAGGAUUUGGUUCAAGCUUUUGAUAUGGCUUCCAGAGGUAGACUUCCAGGCAAAAGAAAAGUUUCAGUCAGAAAAAAUACAAGUGGAGUUGAUGGUAGUAGCCAUUCAUCUUUAGGAAAUAAGCCUUGCAGUGGGAUGGAAGCAUCUGACAAUGACAAAAUUAAUUCAGAGACUUGCAGUUCAGAAUCUUCAACCAAACCUUUGCUCAGUUCCAGUUCUGAUGGCAGUGAUCCAGGCAAAGGCAUACGACCCUGUCAUUUUCAUUACAGAUGGCCAUCUUGUAUUGUACCAUGCAGGACUGCUCGGGGUGACCUUGUUGGUGAGGAUGGUAGUAAGACAAUAGCAAGGUCUACGGUGGGCAGCCAUGGUAGAGCAUCUGAUGGACAAAUGCUGUGGGCUGUCGGUCACUGCCAAGGUUGCGGUGUCCAUUAUUGUCGAAGGAAUGCCGCCACUCAAGAUAAAGAAAACACUGCACCCGCCGGAGAAGGAGAACCUACCGGAUUCACACCCCAGUGGACAAUGGAUUUGGGUAUUGUAUCCCCUUCCAAAGAUGAAACCCAAGCCAAUGUCCAGACUCGAAGUUGUACCAGAAAUCGCACCAAGGCUUCGCCUCAUGACAGAUCUUCUCUCUGCUCUCAGAGUAGCCAAAGUAGCGGAACUAGUACAGGAAGCAACACCAGCUCUAGUAGUAGUAGUAGUAUGUCCGAAUAUUCAGUGCCUAAAAAUUGUUUAGAAGCUUUUUAUGACAGACCAAAAAAUAUACACCAUCAAAACUCGUCUGGAUCUAAUUUUCCAUAUAACCGCUUAAGCCUCACGGAGGACAAAGACAGACUUGGUCCUAUUCGAGAAGGUGGGCCUUGCACCUGCUGGAAGCAACAAAAGUCAACAGACCAAACAUCCCAUGAACUGUUACUGUUUGGUGGAGGACUCUUAUGCUCGUGCUGGGGAAAACCAAAUGUCGAUGUUGACAUGCCCUCUGUGAGUAGCAGUGGCAGUAGCAAUGCUUCACCUUCAACAUCUCCUAAAAAGCAGAUGCCAUUAAUGAGCGUACCAAUAUUACUCCCUUGUACCUGCGGCAAGAUUGCAAAUAACCCUUACCUCAACUAUGCUGUUCCUAGAUCAGGAGCACCAGUUAAAAGUGUUAAAGAUGAAAAUACCGAAAAAACUUCAAAAGCAGCAAGUUCAGAAUCAAGUGAAAGCCAAGAAGCUAAGAUAAUUAAUAAAAUGGAUAAUGCAAAUGCUCCAACGGAUGAAAAAGAAAGCAAUGGCAACUUAGUUGGAAGUACACCAACAGGAAAACCUCCUAAAUCAAGUAUGUCAUCAAGCUUCUACCAGCAGCCAUUAAUUUGUUCUUGUCAGAAACUUUUACUGUGUCCUGGAAGUCUGUUACCUCAAGUUACACCCACCGAAAAUAGUAGCAACAGAAAAACAUUAAGCAGAAACAGCUCCGAGUAUGGUACUGUUAAACCAGUUUCAUCAAGUGAUACAGACAGCUCAAAACGUCGAAUCCCAACUCACAAUUUAAAUUGUCGUUGCAGGCAGCCACCAGUAGUCUCAACUCCAGACUGCUGUUGUGGGAAAAUAUCAGGUCUCGGAAUGCCUUUUUUUAAUACAUUCGCGUCUAGAAUGGGGCGUAAAGACAAUGCUAAUCACAUUUACGUCAACCUUAAGUAUCUCCAAGAGACUGCUACAGCUGCCCUAACUAGUCAAGGAGUUCCGGGCAAACUAAUACCUUAUUAUGCAAAUUUGCAUUUCCUUCAAACACUUUCACUGUAUGAAAACGCCGAUGUUUUGGAUGUAAGACCAAAUCAAGUUCUCAAUAACAUAUUUCCCGACGGUGCAAUUCCGGAAGAUUCUGAAGGAAGUGUAAGUACUGUUCCAAAGAGACCUAAAAAGAAAAUUGAGACGCCAUCCAGCAAUGGUGUUUAUGAAAUGAUGUCAUUUAACCAAACUGAAUUUCCUACUUCAACAUCUGGUGAUAACUAUCUACUCAUGCAACCUGGAACUCUAGAAGGCAAAGGAGAUUUAGCAACAACAGAUACCAUCACCUCUUCUCAAAGUAGCAGCAGUAGCAGCACUUUAGCUUCCACUUCAUGCGCAUCAGGCUCGGAAGGGGCUCCGGAAGGGGAAGCAUCAUUGGCCUCUGAAUCCAUGCUACCCCUUAGGCCCUUCAUGCCUGUACUGUUGCCUUUCCAUGACCAUACAUGUGAUAUGAAAGAGCAUACUGAAUGUGAUGACUCUUGCAAAUCUGGUACUGAUGGCCGAAAGUGCGAGGGAGAUCAUCCAAGAUCUAAUUCUCUGGGUGAUAUAAAAGUGUCUAUUCUCAGACAAGUUCGAUCCAGUUCAACAGAUGGGAGGCAAGAAGGAGCAUGUUCUGACGAUCUUGGUAGCUGUCACCACGCAGUAUGUGGAACUGCCAGUCCUAAAUCUACGCCUCGGAAACACCCAAUUUUAUCGAAACUUACAUUGAGAUCGAAAGAAAAGUCGUUUAGCACAGAUGAAAUAACACCACCAUCAUCAGCUCCAUCGUCACCAGACAGUUUGUUCCUCGAAAGUAUACAAAAAUAUCCUUUCCACAGAUCAGCUGAUUGUCUUCAGUUAAAUGAAGAAUACAGACUUUCAGAAGAAGACCUUUCUCAAGAUCCCGAAGUAAUUAUGAGCCAAAGUAUGGAUAAAAGUUAUAGUACCAGGGGUGGUACUAGUAGCAUAAAACGAUCUUCAAGUGUUCCUUGUAAAUCAAAUCCAAAUAAUCAACAGACUUCAGCAAGUUCUGCUGAUUCAGGUAUAUCUACACACUUGCCAACUACAAUUGGUGGACAAGGUGCUGUAUUUUCUCAUUUCAUUGCUUAUCAUGGUUCACUACCAAGGCGUCAUUCAGGUAAUGCUGCAAGCAGGCAUCCUGUUCCAGAGAAAAAAAUUUCGACGAACAUGGGAAGUAAACUUCAACAAGAACAGAAACCAGCUCUGGAUCAGUCUAAAAUGAUUCUAAUAUCAGAAUGUAAACAGUGUCAUCAAUUCCUGACAUCACCAGAAGGUGUCCUUGUAUUAGAUGCUAAAAGCAUGACAUCCAGCUCUUCCUCUGAUAUGUCAGACUAUAUUGAGUCCUUAAGUCUUUGCUCUCGAAGUAGUAGUGGCAGUGGUAGUAGUGGAUGUGGUGGCGUAGGUGUUAAUGACUAUCCCCGUAACGAAGACGUGUGCGGUGGACUCAUGAAAAUUCCUAGCUCAUGUACGAGCUCCCUCAGACCUAGAUCAGGCAAAGAGUACCAUUCAUUUGACAGGGUUUUAAUCCAAGAUGGAUGUCCUUACAUUCCCAUAACUGAGUGCACACACUUGUCUUGUCUAAAGUCUUUUCAAGACAAAACAGGAACACACGAAACAACUGAUGAAAUAUUGAAUGAUAACGCACCAGAAUCCAAUGCAAAUAAUAACGUUAAUAUCAACAACAACAAAACUAACUCUCCAUCUCCUGGUUAUGUCAGUUCGUCGCCUGGCAACCAAGAAUAUAUUUCAUCGCCUGAAAAGACUUCUCAGUUUUCGUUUCCUAAGGACAACGGCACAAAAGAGCUAAAUUACCUCGAGGUAGUUUCGGUGGGUGACUCGGAGCCCUCGAGUCCUGUUGUAAAGCAAACAGCUGUUCAAUAUGCUGUUAUAGACGUUGUUGCGACAACAGCAGCAAGGAAACUCAGCAAUGAAAGAGCACAGCUACGAAAUGAAGGUCGAAGUCCUACACCAACUGAGUGUAGUCCAAAACACACAACUUUAGAAGACAGUUGUACGAGUGAUAAAAAGUGAAACCUUGAUACUGUUCAGCAGAUAACAUGGUGAAAUAUUUUACAUCAGAAAGAAGACUUUGAUGCCGUUAACUUUUAUCACUAGAUUUUAUCUUUGUGAUAAAGUUAGUGUACCGUUUCACGUCAUAUCCUAAACCUGUAUCAGAAAAAUAAGGCUUAGUUAUAAACAUCUUAAUAUAUAAAUAUAAUAUUUUUGUAAAGAUAAAAUCACCAAUACUUAGAAUUGCAACAAAGACAAUGAGUUCAUAAAUGUUAGUUCGUUGUCUCUGUUGCAAAGAAUCAAGAAGAAACCAGUUUUGAACCCAUCUUUGGCUAACGAGAUUUGAAAUUUUUACAAUUUAGAAAAAGUCGAUGCAUUAUCGGAGAAAUUUUAUGAGUAUUGCUACACUGACUCGUUCUGCAGAAAAGGAUGAAUAAACUUUAAUAGAACUCGAAACUAUUCGCUCAAAUACAAACUUUGAAAUAUAAGAUAAGUUGUGUUUAGUAUUACAGUUUACCUAAACAACAAGUUUAUGUAAAUUUUCAUGGUGCCUAUUUAGAAUUUUUCAAACUCAUUGUUUGUAUUUACAAUUU